AUGAGGCUGGAGGCAUUCCAAACCAUCUUGACCCUUUCUGCCGGUCCAUCAUGGCGGACUAGGGGUCUGCUUGCUGCUGCCAACCUGACUGGCCUGCAAAUCCAAAUCCCAAAGCAGCCACCCAUUGAUCCUGAUCUCGUCAAUGCUUUUCAGAAUCUGGGGGCCGAGGGCUCUCCGCACCCCAAUCAUGGUGCUAGUAUUGCAUGGCUUGCCCACCUCGACCUUAUCAAAUACGUCAUACAAUCUGAUCUUGACACAGCCCUAAUCAUUGAAGAUGACGUGGAUUGGGACCGAGCGAUUCGCGACCAGAUGGUCGGAAUUGCUGGGGCUAUCCGUUCCCUGACUAAGGUCGACGAAACGGAGGCUGCACCAUAUGGCCGUUCCUGGGAUCUUCUGUGGAUAGGACAUUGUGGCGAGUACUGGGAUGAAACUCUUGAAACGGCCAUGUUUGAUGAUCCCACCGCGUACCCAAUCAGCAUAUAUCAAGGGUGGGCACAGAAGUACCUGAAAGACCUUCCGGAUUACAAGCGUGCUAUCUAUCGAUCAUAUAACCCCGUCUGCUCGUUUGCCUAUGCAGUGUCUCGGGAGGGGGCCAGGAAGGUAUUGGAACUUGUUGGCGGUGCGAAGGAUGAGGCGUUCGACGUUGCUGUGAUGCACAACUGCAAACUCGGGAAAUUGAACUGCAUCUCCAUCGUGCCUGAGGUUAUUCAUCAGUAUUUUCCUGCUCAGUCCUUCGGUGUGAAGAGCCUGGUGGACAUUGGCAAUGGGGAAAAGCCAGGACCUGAUGAUGAAAAAUUUGAAAACGUCAUGGGCUCAACGGAAAACAUCUUGGAGAGCGCUCGAUGUAGUGCUUUGUGGGACAAAAAAUGUCCAAGGGUAUAG